AUGUUCAACGUCGUCGACAAGAGGUGCGGCCACCCAGGGUGCACUAAAAAGCCAUCCUUUGGUACAGCCGGCAGCAAGAGGGCGGAGUUCUGCUGUCCACACGCGAAGCAAGACAUGGUCAUCGUUCACAGCAAGCGGUGCCACCAUCCUGGGUGCACUACGUGGCCGUCAUUUGGUACAGCCGGCAGCAAAAAGGCGGACUUCUGUUCUCAGCACUCGAAGAAAGACAUGGUCAACGUCGUCGACACGAGGUGCUGCCACCUAGGGUGCACUACGUGGCUGUCAUAUGGCACAGACGGAGGCAAGAACGCCGAGCCGUGUCGUCUGGGCAAGCCAGGGAUGAUCAAAUAA